ACAAGAGAAAAUAGAAACAGACGUUAACAGCACAAAUUCAGCAUGGCAAUUACAUGUCACUCUUUUUACUGUAUAUGUAUUUUUUUUUUAAUAUAAAUGGCCGUAUUCGAUUUUGAUCAGAAGUUACAAUUGUAAAAUUUUCUAAUGAAUAAGUUAUUUGUGCGUGUGUUACUACUACAGUUUCCGUUGAGUCUGUGAUGUACUCAAAACUUUAAGUUUGAAAUUUUUUGUUGUAUUGGUAUUGGCUUUAUUGAGCAAUUGAUGAACAUAUAUUAAUAGAACAAUGGUCUGGUUAUUUGUAUAACCAGGAGCAUAGGUCAAUUUCAAGGUUUAUAGGAUAUGCACUAUGGAUUCUUUAAAGAUGCAAAUUGGAUAUGAACUUGCUGCAGAUGAGGCCCUUAAAGAUGCAAAUUGGAUUCCGACGAAGCAGGAUGAGAAAGAAAGAACUGGAGUAUCCAUUGGUGGUGGUAUUGGUAGCAUGAGUGAUAUUGUUGAUGCUGCUCAGCUGAUUUGUGAAAAGGUAGAUAUUUGGUUCUUUGCAGAAGAUACUAUAUUUCAACGAUUUUUUUCUUCAUCAACACAAAAAUGUUCCAAGUGAUCUAUAGAAAUACAAGUAGGAUAAUUUUUCCUGCCAAAGGCAAAAAGUUGAUCAGCAUUUUAGAACCAAAAUAUAAUUUCUAUC